AUGGCCAAUUCUAGAAGAUUGUUUGGAGUCGUAAGGAAGAAACUUCUCCUGAGAUCUCCCAGCAGAAUCACAAUCAUUCGCUCAUCCCCAGAAACCAAUAAAGAAGAAAUCGCCGCCAUUAAAAUCCAAGCUUUCUUCAGAGGUCACCUGGCAAGGAGAGCGUUUCGAGCAUUGAAGAGUCUGGUGAAGUUGCAAGCGGUGGCGAGAGGAGUGCUUGUGAGGAGACAAGCUCGAAUAGCGUUACAUUGUAUGCAUGCUCUUGCUCGUUUGCAGGUUAGGGUUCGUGCUCGUCAGCUUCUCUCCCAUUAA